UCUCGGGAAUGUGUCCAACAUCAUUUACAAUCUGCCGUUUGAUUGUUUUUACACGCUGCACCGGACACACCAACUUCCAACUUUUUUAUUUUCCCCCAACUUGAAUAACAACAAUUUGAGGAAUCGAAUGAGUCGUCGUCUGGAAUGAGAUCAUCGAGAUCUUAAAUUACUUGAAAAAGGGAAAAAAAUUAAAAGUCGUUUGUUUACAACCCAAAGGCAUUUGCUGGAAAGGACCAAGAUGGCGUCUGGUGGUGGCAUUUUAACAACAGUUGGUCCAUCUCUCAUCGUCUGGUGGAAGUCAAAUUCCGUUGAAUAAAAUAAAAUGGCUGAAACCAAAUCCACUUCCCGCGCUGGCUCCAAGUUGAACUUGAACGAAUCGACGAUGCCGUUGUUGGACGACGAGGCUCACGAAAAGGCCGAGACUCCCGAGAAGGACGUCAUCGAGAUGAAGGAAAAGGCGUCGACCACGUCGGAAGGUGAAAAGGACGAUUCCAAUCCCGAAAAGAUUGAGGAAGAGAAGAAGGAUGGCGAUGAGGAGGGUGGCGACAAGAAGAAGAAGAAGAAGGAAAAGAAAGAAAAGAAGGAGAAAAAGGAGAAGAAGGAAAAGACGGCCAGUUGCCACCGCAGGACGCAGAGCUGCGUCCAGACUUUCACCGUCGGUUUGAACGUUCUCGACCGUGACGAGAAGCACAUCAACGACACCAUCAACUUGAACUUUGAAGAUGUUUUGGCUGAACCGGAUGUGGCCCAUGGAUUCGAUCCUAUCUGGCGCGCUGCUUUCAUCCUCUUUACCGGCUCGCGUUUCUGGAUUUACCGUCUGCUGUCGGCAAUUCUAGCUCUGCCAUUGGCCCUCGUUUGGGGUAUUACCUUCUCGCUCAUCACCUUCUUCUCCGUCUGGUUGGCCACGCCCCUUCUCCGCAUCAUGGACGUCUUCCUCUUCUACAUCCGAAGGGUCUGGGUCGCUUUGGUGCAGACAACAUUGGAACCAGUAGCCAACGCUGUCGGCGGAUGCUUUUCCAACGUCAAACUGACGCACAACAACAACCAACUGCAAACGGUUUAAAUAAACAAACAACAACACAUUUUUUAACACAGGGAAGAAAGAAGAAAAAAGGUCGACAUCGAGACAGUCGGAACGAUACAGUCUCUUGCAUUUUUUUUUUUAAGAUUUUUCAUUGAUGAAAUUUAUUUUUGAAUUGAUGAGAAAAUGUAUCGUGUGUUUUUGUGACAUCAUAUCCAAUUGGUAUAUCCCCCCCAACACCAUCUGCCUUAUUCGAAAUCAUUUGUCCUUUUUUUUAUUAUUUUCUUACAUCAUAAUCUUUUUGAUUUGAUUUUUAAUUUGGGUUUGUUCUGUUUAAUCGUUUGUCCUGUACUCCUGUUUUUGUACCGACAUCAUGUCAGACUCACAACCCGAUUCGCCCGUCAUCAUCGUAAAACUUUUUUUUUUACUGAUUUUAUGAUUAUUUUUCAAACACAUUUCUUCGGUAAUUUUUUUUUUUUACAAUUACUAACAACACACACCGUAUCCCGCAUGUGCAAAUGCAAAUAUGUUGAGAAAAGAAAGGAAAAAUGUGUGGAGGUGUUAUUUUUUUAAAUGGCGAAAAACAAUAGACAUUAAUGAAUUUUG